UCGGAGUUCGACAAAAACAUCAAACUUGAAUGUCGCCAGUGCGACAUCCUUCAGUGCGAGCUGGAAGUGUACAGCUGCCUCCAUGGAUCACCUUAUGUUUUCCCCAUCGUCGGUCUUGUCGAAAGAGUCCCGACACUUCGUUGUUUACGACGAUCCAUACGACAAAGAUGCUUCCGUAACUGACGAAUUUCUCAUUCCCUUCGCCGGGACGUUCUCCCAGUGGUGUCUUGGAUUUUGUACCGAGUGGACCAUUGAGGAGAAAGAUUGUCUAGCUCUCAUGCUCAUGGAUGCCAUGCUUGACUUUGAGCAACGUGGAAUUUAUACGAUAGACUUAAAGACCCCAAAUAUCCUCCUCACGACGGAGGGUUUGAAAAUAAUUGACUUAGACUUGGAGACACAUACGCUGGGAUAUUCCAGAUGGGGCAUCUGGAGCGGUAGUGCGGUUCAUGCAUUGUAUAACAUGGCUAUGGCAAUGCAGGAGUUCUUCUUGUUUGGUACUCCAUACGCCAUCCGUUGUGAAGAGGCCAUUCCCAAACCUUUCAUUCAGCUCAUUGAUUGGUGCCUGGAGGAUGCCUUUGGUUCUGUCGCAGAGAUGAUGGCAAAGACGGCAUCGAUGCUAGAGCCCACCCGUGGCUGAGUCAAGAAUAUAUCGGCUUCUGCGUUGGCUGAAGCGCGGCCGUCGCGAUGCAAAUUGCUGGUGAAGUCGGAGGACGAAUGGUGGUUCGGACGAACGUAUGAUUCCGAGUUUGAAGACUAUUGGUCUUGGAUGCCUAGUAUCGAUAACACCGAUCGUUCCCCUCUAUCAUCAAACAGCAUCGAACCUUAGACUGAAUUUAUCGGAAGCGACUUGGGUUGUUUUUCAAUUUCUUUGCCACAUAUAAAUCGAUUGUCUAUAGCCAUAUCAUCAUUGA